AUGUCCAAGCUGGAUGCGGCAUCGGAGGAGGAGGUGGCGGAGUGGCGGCGGCGCGCGCAGCAGCUGGCUAGUGAGCUGCAGCGUGUGCGGGCGCAGCAGGAGGAGUACCAGCGCCUGAGGCUGCAGUACGACAAGCUGGAGGCGGACCUGCAGCAGGCCAGCACUGCGGCCAGCCGGCUGGCACAGGAGAACUGCGAGCUGAAGUCGCUGGGCGGGGCGCCGGUGGACUCGGCGCUGGGCGGGGCCGACCCGCUGGCGGCGCAGCAGGUGGCCAAGCAGAUGGAGGCGCUGCUGCAGGAGAAGUCCAAACUGGCGCAGGAGAAUGACAGGCUGCUCCGUGAAAACUCGGGGCUGCAGGAACUGCUGGAGUUCACCCUGCAGCACCAUGCACAGCUGGCUGGGGACAACGAGCUCUUUGGUUAUGACGAAGGGGAGGAGGCGGGCGAGGUGGUGCUGCCAUCACCGAUGGACCAGUCGCCGCCGGCCAGCGAGGCAGGAGCGGACGAAGGUACCGGGGUUUCGACAGGGGCUGCCACGCUCGCCGCGGUGCCGGCCAGCGCCUGA